AUGCUAAAAAAUGAACGUACUAAACAUCAAAGAACACAAUUAGAAGAGGAAAAUAUUGCGUCUAGCAGCGGCAACUCAACAACAGAAAAUAAAGAAGAAAAAGCAAAGUUUUUCGAAAAAGGGGAAAAAGGCGGGAAAAAAUUACAUAAUAAAAAAGAAAACGAAGUUGCUAAAAUAUUGGCGACGGAAGGGUUAAAACAGGGUUCUAAGGCAUUUGUAAAAUCUAUUCCUUGGGUUGGAAAUGUUAUCGGAGCAAUUGACGACAUUUACCAGGAAAUAAGAGUGGCUAAACUUCAAGACACUUCCGCUUCCCUCAAAGAAACUCAAUCCACUAUGGAGGGCAAUAUAACCGACCUCCAAGCCGGCCUCAAACAAGCCAAAGACCGAGAACUUCAAUUAGCCCAAGACUAUAAAAAUCUUCAAGACCAACUUAACAAGGCUAAUACAGAAACCAAAACUGAACUGGAACUACAAAAACAAGCCUUAGAAGAAGCCAUUAGUGCUAAUAAAACAGAAGCCGAGCAAAUUCAAACAGCCAUUACCGCAGUUAAUACUCAAAUUGACGAAGUUAAAAACCGAAUGAAGGACAGCGAAGAGGCAAUUGGCAUUCUCCAAAACACUUCCUUAUCCCACGAAGAAAAAAUUACUAACCUUAAUUCUUUAAUGGAAAAGGAAAAAGAGCGAAUAACUGCUUUUGAAACUAAAAUGGAUUCUUUUGAAGACCAACUAAAUAACCAACAAAAACAACUAGACACUCAUCAGGAAAAAAUUAAUCAAUUACAUCAAGCCCACUUAAAAUUAGAAAAACAA